UUUCUCAAUUGAGUAAUUUUAGUAAAAUUCUAGAUUUAUUACAAAAGUAAUCAAGACGUUUUGGGGGCUUCUCCAAGCUGAGGUUUACAUGUUGAUCAUCGUUAACACUUCAACGAUUUUUUUCUUCAUCAAUUCUUUCUCGCUCAGUGAUGAUUGGAAAGCUAAUCUCCGAUCGAUUUGUUUCUCUACAACAAGUGUUUUGUUAACAAUACAUCUCACAGCACUAUUUUUACAAAUCCCAGAUAUGACUGGAAAAAUUUUCGAUGAGUUACUAGGACUGCCCUGGUAUUUGUAUAAUCGUAAAAAUUGCACAACGUUACUUAUUUUGUUGGAAAAUUCAGUAAAUCCAAUUUAUAUUAAUUUGUUAGGGACAGGACGGUUGGAUGCAGCUUCUGUUGGUAAAUACAUUAAAAUGAUAUAUUCCACAACGACUGUUUUGCAUAGUUUGAAAGAGUAAAAAAAUCACCGAAAUCUGUAUAAUUAAAGCACCC